CUCUGCUGCCGACACCAGUCUCCGGCCCCCGAAGUGCAGCGGCUGCAGCGUCUCGGUCCCCAAAGCCCCGGGAAACAUCCGCCCCUUGGAAGACGAUGCUUAAGGUAAAAGGGAGAACCAUUUCUUGGAACAUCUGAGUUGUAAUUCAAGCUUGAGUUACGGUCCAGGGGCGAUCAUGCUUAACUCCGCCAGUGAACUGGAGUUCGCAAACGAAGAAAAUAUCGAGGAGAUUUCCCAUUUCGCUUCUCUGGCGCUGUCAGGUGACGAGGCCGCCAACGAAAGAAACCUGACAGCUGUGCCCGAAAAGACUGGCUAUCCGGACUCCGUUUACGUUAUGGCAGCAAACAUUUUUCAGGGUAUUCGAAUGGAAAAGUCACCAGAGAAAGCCCUAAUAAAGUACGGGAAGGAACCCCUUCCGUCCUUGUCGGAGUCUGGGGACGAAUCCCUUCAACGUUUGUCCUAUGAGCUGGCUUUCAGCACCCUGAAGUAUCAAGAUAUUUUGGAGUCUAUAUUAAUAGACAGCUACAUCCACUCAAGUACUACAAUACCAGAUCACUUGAGUUGCCUUAUUAUGGUGAUGUUGUAUGAUUUCCAAGAUAGAAAAUUUCAACCUCGUCUCCUUUCUGAUAAUGAAGAAUCAGUAAUGGAAGUUCAAGAAGUAGAGAACCUUCUUAACAGUUUUAAGACAAAGUUGGCCGCGGCAUUGGCAAGAUGUCGAAUCAAACAUGACGCCCUUUCAAUUGAUCACAUUCUCCCGGAAAUAAUUAGGAAACAGGAGCUAAGGGCCUCUACUUUGCCACUUUAUGCUUGGAUUAAUACUUGUAAAAUCAGCCCUGAAGAAGUUUAUAGCAUUUUGAAGAAAAAAGGCUAUCGUAAGGUCAUGUCCGUGUUGCAUGUUGAUGAUAAAGUCUUUGCUGUGGAUCAACAUUGUUAUGAUGUGCUAAUUUUUCCAUCUCACCUUAAAAGUGAUCUUCUAAAUACAGAUCUUUUCAAAGAUUGUAAACUUGUCUUUCAGGACAAAUCACGAAGUCUUGCUGUCCACUCUGUAAAGGCUUUACUAAAUAUGGAUGAUGAUAUCUUAAUGGUCAAUACAGGUUCAUGGUACACAGUUGCCCAUAUGUCAAUCUUAACAAAUAACAAUACUUCAAAAAUAUUUGUGUGUGGAGUGCAAUCGCAAGCUAAGGAUCCUGACCUGAAGAAACUUUUCACAAAAAUGGGAUGUAAAAAUAUUGAAAUACUUCAUGAAACAUUUCUUAACAUUGAAUCAAAGGAGCAUAAGUUACAGAAAGUUAAAGUGAUUUUGCUGCUGCCUCGUUGUUCAGGACUGGGUGUUAGUAAUCCAGUGGAAUUUAUUUUAAAUGAACAUGAAGAUAUAGAUUUACUUAAAGAUCUCUCUCAAGGAGGCAUAUCAGAAGAUAAACUUCAUGUUCUUGCUCAACAGCAAUAUGAACAGCUAUCACAUGCAAUGAAAUUUACUAAAGCUCAAGCAAUUGUUUACUGCACAUGUUCAGUAUUUCCAGAAGAAAAUGAAGCUGUUGUUAAGAAAGCACUGGAAUUUCAAGAUCUUGGGCUUAAAGUGCAACCUUAUAGGCUCAGCCCUCCUGUUCUUCCACUGUGCUCCUUAGACGAAAUACACCUGUCUACUGAUAAAUUUUUCAGAAUAGAACCAUCUGAAGUUACCAAUAGUUGCUUUAUAGCUGUCCUAACAAGAGAGCGGGACCCAUCUGAGACCGUGUCUGUGAAGGACGUUUUGGCUCGUGCUGCAGCAAAGGGACUACUGGAUGGGAUUGAGUUGGGCAAAUCUUUUAAACGGGACAAGAAGAAGAAAAAAUCAAAAAUAACUUGGCCAAAAUCUUCCAUGACGGAUAGUAACAACCUCCAACUGAAAAUUGCUGAGUUCCUGAGUCGAGAAAGUAACGCAAAUGCUAAUGGAUCAGAGACAUUGCCAACAAAAAUAAUUCUCCCACAGAAAAGCACAACUCAAGCGGGUCCUUCCUCACAGGUCAGAAAAUCGAACAAGCCCACCUCCAACCCUUUAGUGCCCACACUCAUGAAACACAUUCCCCCUUCCAGGCCUUAUUUACGGCAAACACACUUCACAAGACCUCGGCCAGAAGACAAGAUGGUUGCCCUGAAGCCCAUAGAGAUUGUUUUGCCUCCAGUAAUGCUGCCAUUUGCUAGUCCUCCAGGAGUCAAAUCUCAGAUACCCACUCAACAGUUGUACUACCCUUGGGGUGGACCCAAGAAUUGCCUUACCGGCUACUUUUCCACACCAUUAAUCAGAAGAAGGGAAAAGCCUAAAGAAAACUUACCUUCCUCCUCACUCAGGCGCCCUCGCCCAUGGCUUUGAUUGCCUUGUGCGUUUUUAUAGGGUCAAGCAGCUGAUUUUUUUCCGUAAAGCCUUCUAUUUCUCUGAGGGUUAGACAUGCCUACACAGGAUAACCCAACCUUUGGGUCACUUAGUAUUUUCUAAAUGUGAUACUACCUUCAAGAGACUACAGUGAGAAACAACGUAGGCAAUCAAGGAAAAUAGAGUUCAGAGAUUCCAACAGUCAGUGCCGAUCUGGUCUAGAAGGCCCAGGUGUAGAUUUAGCAGCAGCAGUUAGAACUUGUCUCAACUUACGCUUGUUAACUUUCGAUUUGGAUUUAGGACUCCGGUUUUAAAACCAGGUUUUAAAACAGUUUUCCCUGAAGGGGAACACCGUUUGCUUUAUCACAGACUUUAGACUCACUGUGGGAAGGCAGCCUUUUAGAAGGCACAGCUAUGGCAGACAUGCUGCCUUUCCCACAGACGCCUGAGACUGCACUUCAAUAUCUAGUCCUUUUCCAGUUUAACAUUUUCAAUCACUACUGAGGUCGAUUCCCCCCACCCCCAACCAUCAAAAUCUUUAAAUAGGAGAUGAUGAGUUUUGUAGUGUGAAUGAGGCUGCGUAUGAGUAGGAGGAAUAGGUAGGCCCAAAGUCCCAGGUGUGGGGAGGUCAGAUGUCAGCACUGUUGACAGCCUGUUUCUCAGUGGAAGGGCUUCCAGGAACCUGAGCAGAUUGAACGUAUCAGCCGUUCCUUCCCGCCACCCCAAGUCCUGUUGUAGGAAAGUGAUGGUCAGCAAUUUUCCUUCUUAAUAGUAGUAAUUCAGCAGAAGAGGCAAAACUUGAAUACGAGUGACACCUAUGAUUGAAGAAAGCCAUAAAGAUGUCUGAUUCUACUCAAAGAUCAGGUGAAACAGUAAAAUACACAAGUCAUUUCAUACGGCACACAGUAAUCAACUUUGGAAAAUCAUUUCUGAUGCACAAUUAAAACAUACUGUAGCACUGUUAAUUAUAUUGCAAGUCAAUUCAUCUUGAAUGUAUUAUCAAUUGCCUACCAAGAAUUGGUAUGAUUAUCACUUCUGAGGUCUACUGAUUUUUUUUUCAUCAUGAUGACAGAAAUUGUUUGACAUUAAAUACAUUGCAACUAAAAAUUCGAUUGUUAAAAAAAUGUUCAUAAAGUUCAAGUUUAAAGUUCUGUUUCCAGAAUCCAGUGUGUUGAACCGUGUUAUGUAAAUUAUUAAAUGUUCAGGCGGCAUGAUUUUGAUAGAGUAGUAUCUUCAAGGUGAACAGUUAGGUCUUUACCACCAUUAAUAUGCUUUUAUUUUCUCACUUGCAGUGAAGAU